AUGCACCAGCAAAUCCCACAUUCAAUGUUCGAUCAGCCAUACACCAUUCACACUUCCUUACUAUUCAACUCCCGUACUCUCAAAUUCGACAAAGACCAAUCUAUACGUGUCAAUCCCAAGACCGGUCGAAUCAUCUCAGUCACCUCUGCAACUCCUAAUCUCCGUACAGUCUCUCAUCCAGACCUAGACCUAAGGGGUUAUACAGUCCUGCCUGGAUUUGUCGAUUCUCAUGCUCACGUAUUCGUUCAUCCAUAUUCCGAAACUCCAUCGUUACAUCAAGAACGAGAUGAAUCAUUGACCGAGCGGAUUCUCCGAGCGGGAAACAACGCCAAAGCAGGGCUGAAAGCUGGAUUCACCACCUAUCGAGAUUUAGGUACGGAAGGGGCAUUCAAUGCUGAUAUAGGAGUCAGAGAUGCUAUAAAUAGAGAAAUCAUACCUGGACCUAGAUUGUUCGUCGCUACUGAAGCAUUAGCAAGUUCAGGUGGAUAUGAAAUUAGACAAGAGAACAAGAUUGGUGGAACGACGGUACCGAGAUUAUCGGAUGUAUGUGAUGGUGUGGAUAGUGUGAAAGCUGGAGUGAGAAGGAGAUUGGGUGCAGGUGCAGAUGUUAUUAAAUUUUAUGCUGAAUAUCGAAGGCGGACGUUGAGAUUUCCUCAACCUACUUGGCCUGGAUCAAAGGCUAUCAAGUAUCCACCGUACACGACAGGGGAAGAAGGUAAUCCGAUACUCACUCCGAUGAAUCCACCUUCGACGCUAUUCGACCAAGAAGAGAUGAACGCGAUUGUCCGAGAAGCCAAAAGAGCUAAAUGUCCUGUAGCAUCUCAUGCGAGCUCGCCAGAAGCUGUCAUCAUGGCUUCCAAUGCUGGUGUCACUACCAUCGAACAUGGAUCUGUCCCUUCAGAGGAAUCGCUGAAAACGAUGAAAAAGAAUAAUACGAUUUACGUUCCGACUUUAUGUGUAGCGGAUGUAGAAUUGGACGAUAAGGAAUAUAGGAAAGCGGUAUUAGCACAUGCGAAAAAGGCUAAUGAGAUGGGUAUAAGAUUAGCGACUGGUGGGGAUACAGGUGUACCAGCUCACGGAGAUAAUGUAAGAGAGUUGGAAUUGUUCUUGGAAGCUGGGAUAUCACUGGAAGAUACCAUUCGAGCGGCUACGCUAGGAGGAUGGGAAGCGUGCGGAGGUGAUUGGUGUGGAUACAGAUUCGGAUGGGUGGGUGAAGGCUGGCAAGCGGAUUUGGUGGUCCUAGAGGGCGAUUUGAGGAAGGAUACAGGAGCGUUGAGAAGAGUAGAGAUAGUGAUCAAGGAUGGUAAUGUUGUUGUCGAUGGAGGAAUCAUAGUAGAGUAA